UUUUCACGAACGUUGAUCGCACGCUACGUGAAACUGGGUCAUUCCAAGUGCGCCAGGGGAGAGGGGUGCAGCGUCCAGUUCGUGAUGGACUUGAGGAAGAGGUGAUGGAGUGUGUCAGAGCCAAUCCCCGCACAAGUACGCGUCAGGUCGCUUCCGAAGUGGGUUGCAGCAAUGGGUCGGUGUGGAACAUCUUCCAUGAGCACAACCUGCACCCCGUCAAACUGACCAAAGUGCAAGAUCUUGCCCCUGGCGAUCCUCCUCAGCGCCUUCAUUACUGCCAGUGGCUGAACGCAUGCAUUGGAGAGAACACUAAUUUCCUGUCGUUCGUUUGCUCCACGGAUGAAAAAGGCUUCUCCAGGGAAGGCACGUUCAACCCUCACAACGCCCACUACUGGGCGGAGGAAAACCCGCAUGUCAUUCAUGUACGGGGCUACGAACAAAAAUUUUUUAUAAAUGUUUGGGCUAGAAUCGUCGGUGACCAUUUGCUAGGGCCCUACAUUUUGCCUGCCCGGUUGAAUGCGCAGAAUUACCUGAUUUUCCUUCAACAACAGCUGCCGGAUUAUUUGGAUGAUUUGCCCCUGCAGUUCCGCCGCGUCAUGUGGUGGCAGUAAGACGGGUGUCCUGCGCACUGGGGAAGAGUCGUCCGGCAACACUUGGACCAAGCUUUCCUCAAUCGGUGGAUAGGGCGUGGAGGGCCUAUCGCGUGGCCACCAAGGUCUCCAGAUCUCACCCCUCUAGAUUUUUUUCUGUGGGGCACCAUGGAAAAAAGUGUCUACGAGACGCCGGUGCCCUCCGUAGAGGAUUUGAUUGCGCGAGUGGAAAUGGCCGCAGAGACCAUUCGUCAGCAGCAGGGAGUCUUCGCACGAAUGCGAGCAUCGUGGAUGGCACGCAGUGAAAAGUGCAUUGAAGUCAAUGGGCAGCAUUUCAAGCAGCUCUUGUAAGACCUCUGUGCGUCACGUUUUUUGUUUGGUUUUCUGUUUUUUCAGGAAGUUACGUUUUGUUUUAAGAGACGCCUGGUGAUUGUUUAAUUUUUUUUAGUUUAAUGACUGUUAUCUGUUCAGUUUAUUUACUUUGAUUGAGUUUAUCGACUUUGAUGUCAUUAAAUCCAUACGUUUAGAACAUAAAACUUUCAAUUUUUAUCCCCUUCAGCUUCUCCACACAUAAUACACCUGAUAAACGCAAGCUUCGAGUCCGAUGGGUUGCCUACCCGCUAGGCGCAAAAGACCUAAGUUAAAAAUAGCCGUACCUCCGUACGGUGGCAUUUUCGAACAUGGUUCCUAUGUUCAAAGUACUUCUGUAUGGAGCCUCUAUCUACUCUGUGAUUUUUGCCAAAGUUAUCGUGAACACCCUGUAUAUACACUCAUAUAAUAAUGUCCAACAGAUAAUAAAUUGCACAUUAUUCAUUUAAAACGACCUGACCAUUGUUCG